GCACGACUGUGCAGACCCCGCCCGCGCAGGAAGAAAGAGAGAGAGAGAGAGGUGUGUGGGGGAGAGAGAGAAAGAAAGGGGGUGGGGGUUAGUUACACCGAAUCAGGGUGCCGGUGAGCGUUGUUGCCGCCAUAGGUGGAGGUUGCACUGGAGCAUGUUCGGAUUAAAGCUGUGAUCAUCAGCGGGUUCCCCUGGCUGCGCCGGAACGGCGUGACGCACGGAAGAGAGCGAAGGCGCACCGCGACUGGAGUCACAUUGGAUUAGAGCCAGUGACAGCGGAGGGAUCACCAAGUUGAGAUGCUGUAGGAAGCUUUGUGGCUGUGUGAGGAGGAUGCUCUCGUCUCGCAGUUGUUGUGGCACGAUAAGUUUGGACUGAAAUUGACGGAGAGGGAGCGCGUUUCGUCCGUCUGGAGUGUAUUUGCCUUUAGAUGCGAUAAGAGAAAAGGUCAAGUGGACGUAUAGUUUUAAUGCUGUGAGGAGAUUUGCGCUGUGAGAGAGGAGCGAGCAAAGCGUGCGCCAGGCUCAAGGCAAAAAUCUGGGCAAACAAAUAUGACGGCCGGUUUUGACGUUGUCUCAUGUCUGCUGAUGAGUGACGAUACCGCUGAUAGAAUUACAAACCUCGGAUGAAUUCUGGAGUGUGAUUCAUUGUGGAGGACGGGGAUCUAAUCCAGGUAGCGCAUCUUUAUCUCCCCGGCUGCGCGUAAUGGGAGAAAAGUUUCGGACCUUGCAGAAGAGACGCACUCGCAGCAUCCCGCCGACGACGACGCGCUUGUAAAAAAAAAUAACAUGUGAAUCCCGCUCCCCUGUCUGCGACCGAGCCAAGUUUGAAAGUGAAUUUCAGCCAUCCAGCAUGACUUGAAACACCCUUGGGGGUUAUCGGAACUCGCAUCAAGCCAGUUAACGAUCCAUGAACCGCCGACCCGAUUUGUCCAAAGACGCGCAGACGGACAUUAAUGAUCUAGAGAGGAUUUCUGCAGCAGCAGCAGCAGCAGCGGCAGCAGCGGCAGUGCAGUGAAAGCCUGAUCCCAGUUAAAGAGAGAGAGAGAGAGAGAGAGAUUCCCCCUGGAUGUCUAUGAUGUUGUGCCAGCUCGGGCAGAGGUGUGUGAUGGAGGUGGUGGUGCUGACCAUCCUGUCCUGGGUGUCCGUGUGGGCUGAGGAGAAGAUCAUAUUUGACAGACACGCUGUCUACUGGAACAGCUCCAAUCCCAAGUUCUGGCAUGGAGAGUACAGGGUAGCAGUGAACAUCAAUGACUAUCUAGACAUCUACUGUCCUUACUAUGAGGGUCCUCCAUCCCACGGGCGCAUGGAGCGCUACAUCCUCUUCAUGGUCAACCACGAGGGCUACACUUCCUGCCAGCACAGGAUGCGUGGCUUCAAGCGCUGGGAGUGCAACCGUCCCAGCGGUCCUGACGGACCCCUCCGCUUCUCAGAGAAGUUCCAGCUCUUCACUCCCUUCUCCCUGGGCUUUGAGUUCAGGCCUGGACACGAGUACUACUACAUCUCGUCUCCUCACCCAAACCAUGUGGGGCGGGCAUGUCUAAAGCUGAAGGUGUAUGUCAGACCUCCAGAUGGGUCGGGAUAUGAUUCUCCGGAGCCCUUCCUGACUGAUGGAGGUCCAAACUGGAGGCCAGGGUCCGUGGCCCUGUUAGCCGUUCUGGUCUCACUGCUCCCGGGACUCUUCUCCUGGCUGUGACCCCUCUCCCCUUCUUCCUGGAGCUCCCACCCAGGGUUGCUGAGCUGGGCUGGCUGUCCCUCUAAAUCCACCACCCCUCAGGGAAGCCCUCUGUCUUCAUCCCUCCCUCCCCAUCCCGCCCCCCUCCUCUCCCACCUCCACCUCUAUAUGACCACCAACCACCCCCACUGCCAGCCCCCUCCCUCCCUCCUCCUCCUCCAUGGCCCAGCCCACGGACACCCUUCCCAUGCCUAGCUGAGAGGGCUGGGUCCUGAGCUGUCUGGGAAUCUGCCCUUCAUUUCUGAUCCCCCAAUUCUGGGUGGAACAGCACCUCUCAGCUGGAAAACACGAGGGAAAUGUCUCUGCACUCAUAUCAGGGGGUCCUUUUGAUUUGACUAUUGACUCUUGGCCACUGAUGGGGUAGAUAUAGCCAUGGCUAUGAUUAAACUUGUCGUUCCAGUGCAAUUCCUAUCAUCCAAUCACGGCAGGAUGCAUUAAGCGAUAGGCCUGGAUGCACAAAAAUUGGAUUUUGCUCACAUUGCUAUCCCAUCCUCAAACCAAGAAUUGGAAGUGGCCAAGCUUGCAUUGUAAUUGGAAUUCUAUACUGUCUGGAUGAAUUCCAGCCACAACGAGAAUAAGAGGGAAAUAUAUAGAGAUGAAGAGGGGGAGAGUGGCCUGGCCUGUGCAGAAAAGAAAGGGGAACACAAUUGCAGGCACAGAUUUAAAUAAAUACGGCCAUGUGGGAAAUGUAAUAUUAUAUGUGUUGAUAUUUUCAGACCCGGUGUAGAUCCACGGCAAUGUGAUAUAAAAAUAAUACCAUUUGAUUUUUUAUGAGAAGCGCAGAUAUCAUGUUAUAAUGACAAGUAUAACCAUAGCCUGUUCCAGUAGGACAGUUGGGUGUGUGUGGGGGUGUUCUGGGUGGGUUUGGUGAGGUGUAUAUUUUCAGGGUGGGAUGUGUUUUGUCUUAUUCAUGUUUCUAAACAAAGCAUUUAUCACAGCCUGGCCAGCACAGGCAUCUUCAGCACUGUCUAAUGUCGAUCGGGUCGGGUGACUUUUGGAACCAUGACUUUCUCAUGUAUGAAUGUACCACUGGUCACCCACCUCUUUGUCUUUCUGUAUUAUUAUGACUGUGGUCACUUACAAUACCUUCUCUCGGACUGGCAGGAUGAACGGGGGGUCGGGGAUACGGAGAGAUGGCGGGCGGGAUGGUAGGAGGGGUGAGGUAAAAAGGAUGGACGGAGGACAGGUGAGAAAAGGAGGCGACACUCAAGUUGCAUGACCACUGUGAAACCUUCAGAUCAAUCUUGUUUGUAAUGAUGAUAUAUUUUUUCAUGGGGAAAAUCAGAAACACCCUGCUACCGCUCUCGUUGCUCUCCCUGGGACUUUUUCAAACAUCAAAAGGAAAAUUCAACCUCUCUCCUCACACGGUUUCUCCUGUCUGGCUUUCGGUCAUUGAUGGAUUAGCUCAGGCUGGGAGAUAAAUGGACCCACAGGGUGAAACUGACUGGAAAUCAGCCCUCGGAGCCCAGGCCAGAUCACAAUGGACAUAAACACUGACUGAAGCUGGUCCUGGGUCUGAGGGCUAAACCAAUAAGGGAAGCGCAUAGACUGUGGCAAAUGAGGCGAGGUGUGUGUGUGUGGUAGCAUCACAAAAACACACAUAUGGGCAUGCACACACACACACACACACACAAACACACACACACACACACACACACAUACAUACAUAUACACAUACACACACAGUCUUUGAUAACGAGGCUGUUCCUCUGAGAUGGUGGGAGCAGUCAUGGACAUGACUAUAAAGGGAACAGCACAAAGAGAGAGCGGGCAGAGGAGGGAGGGGGUGGGAGAGAAAGUGUGUGUGUAUCAUGGGACUGAGACUUCUUUAAUGUUGGGAAGUGAACUUAAUGAGUAAGCACUGUGAACACACACACACACACACACACACAACGGCCCAUGUACAGAUACACACACACAUGUGCAAACAUAUGUAGAAAACCACAUGCAGAUCUAGACAUUUACAAAGACAUGGCAUGCACAUACACACAUGUACAAAGACACACAUACACACACAAAAACACAAACAAGGGGAAGCACUUCCUUCCCUGUUUCAUCUUAUUUUUGUAGCAUUUAAAAUCACUGUUAAUUACUCCUGUGUGGGAUGCAGUGAUGGGGUAUAGCCUGUGGAAGAUUAAAAAAAAUGUGUCUUCUCUUCUUCUAUUCCACUGAUGCUGUCCUUCUAUCGUUCUUCUUCUUCUCUGGUUUGUGAUCCAUGGUUGGUAGUGGUAGGAUGCCUCCAGGUCUGAGCGUCAUGUAUGAGUUUGUCUCCUUUUCUGUUUGUGGUGUUUUUGUGGAAGCUGACCUCAGUCAUUAAAGUCAGUCAGUCAAAAGUAAACACAGACGUCAGAGCGAGGAGAGAAACACACAAAUAAAGAUUGUCUUUUUGUCUACUCGAAAAACA